AUGCUCAGCUCCAUCGUCCACCACCCCUGCGAGAUCUCGAUGCACCUCGUCUCGCAGGACAUCUUCAUCCACCCGCCCCCCGCCAACAGCGAGUUUCCCGGCGAUGACAAGACGCUCCGAGGCCUCGUCGAGAUCAAGUGUCCCAGCGAGCGGCACAUCCAGGGCAUCAAGGUCGUCUUGCAGGGCAUCCAGACGCUCGCCAUCCCCGAGGGCCACACGGGUUCGGCCGCCGCCAUUCGGUGGGAGGAAAAGAUCAUCAUGGAAAAGUCGCUCGAGAUCAUGAACGACGGCUCUGGCCACCCGUCGUCGAGCAAGCACUCGAGGCUGUCCAAGGGCAAGGAAAAGGAAAAGCAGCAGCCGUGCGGCGCCACCGAGGGCCUGCACCUCGACAAGGGCAUCCACGGCUUCGAGUUCGCCUUCAUCAUCCCGGCCUCGGCCGCGCCGUUUGAGAGGAACAAGCACGGCCGCGUCAGGUACAUCCUUACCGCCACCGCGCUCGGGGCGGGCCGCGCGCGCAGCCACAUCUCGACCUGGAAGGAGAUCUUCAUCAUGCUCCACGUCAACUCCGACGGCGGACCCACGCCGCUCGACAUCCAGUACCAUGACGUCCACGAGGCCCUCGGCCCCAUGUCGGUCUCGCUCACCUCGGCCUCGCUCACCGUCGGCGGCACCGCCAACCUCACCAUCUACCAUCCGGAUCCGCCGCCCGGUCUCAGUGUCCACGUCGCCCGUGUGUUUCUCGAGCAGACGUUUGAACUCUACAGCGAGGUCCGCAAGGGCUGGCUCAAGCUGCCGACGGAAAAGUUCCGGCUGUGGGAGAAGGGCUACAUGCCCUACAAGGCCAAGCAGGCCGAGGGGACCACGCCGCAGGACGCCCUCUGGAUCGCCGACGCCGGCGGCGGAGCGGGACGGCCGGGGCGCGGCGCGGGCGGUGGGCCCGCCAACAUCUCGCCGUUUGGCCUGCCGCUCAACGGAUCCGUCUCGGCGCCCGUCACGCCCGGCGAGCCGGCGACGCCCAUGUACCCGGAGAAUGGGUACAAGAUCAAGUCGGUUGUCCGGCUGCCCGACGACAACAUCAUCCGCCCCAGCACGGUCCGCGGCUCGCGCGCCGAGAUCCGCGUCUCUCACGAGAUGGGCGUCGAGAUCUUCUUUUCGCGCCAAGACGUCCUCGACACGCGCGAGGGCAGCGAGAGCUUUGGGCUGCCCAAGGUGCAGGUGUUUUCGAUGCGGCGGGCGACAAUGAUCCCGUCGUGCUGCUGCACCUUUGACACCAUCCACCUGCCGCCCUACUCGCUCGAGUCGCCGUCCAACUCGCGCCCCUCGUCGCCGUCGCCGCCCCUCUCGCGGCGCAGCACCCAGGCCGAGCUCGACCACUGGAAGCGCACGACGCCGCUCAACCUCUCGCUGCCCGGCUCGCGCAACAGCUCCAACGCCAACUCGGGCAGCAGCUCCAAGACGGCCUCGCGCGAGACGUCGCCCACCAGGCUCGGCUUCGGCCACCACUUUGGCGGCAGCCACGGCCGCAAGAGCCGCAACGCCAGCCGGGACCGGGACCGCGGCAGGAGCGGCGGGGGUCUUGGCAAUCUCGGGCUGCACGCCCUCACGCCGGCGUCGAGCGGCCACAUUGAGACGUCGGGCAGCGGCCACCGCAGCGGCUACUCGACGCCGCGGUCGCUGCCGCUCAACACGCCGUGGGCCGUCAGCCACCUUCCGGAGCGCACGGGCACCUCGCACGACACCUGCAACUGCGGCAGGACGACCGAGGAGCUGACCGAGGCCGAGCAGAGGCUGCUCGAGGGCGCCCCCACCGCUCCGGGGGCGUGGAUCGACAGCCACGACGAAAACGCUACGCUGCCGCCCUGGACGCCACCGUCGCGGCCCGGAAGCCCGGUCUCGGGCUGGCACCACGGGCUCGGCGGCGGGCGCGAGGGAUUCCGACCGCGGGGCAAGCUGGCAGAGAUCGAAACGCCGCUGGCAAGCCCUCCGGCUUCCUGA